UAUAAUUUGUGUCACCUGCUGUCUAGACAUUUACACCUGACAUAUCUCCAGUCUGACAGUGCAAACCAGUAGAACAGGAGAAACUAAGGAAGAAAAAUAAUCAAACUGAACUUCUGUAACUUGAUAUUUUAAUGUCAUUUACCGCAUUUCUGAAAGACAAUGAGAUCAGUCUUGUCAAGACAACAAUACUCUCAGUGUGUCUGUUCAUAUAUAAAUACACCUUGGCUGUGCUAAGAAAGAGCAGGAUCAUGGAUUACUUUGUAUCAUGCUUCUUUCUCCUGUUCCAGUUGCUAACAAUCAGUGAUGCACAAAUCGAAGCUCCCACUACUGCACCAACAGGUUGUGCAGGUCCACCAGCACUGUGUUGCCCUGAUCAAAACUUGACCUGUUUCAGGGGGUGUUUCUGUGAUGAGGUUUGCAUAUCAUUAAACGACUGCUGUGAGGACUACAGGUCAACUUGUGUAUCUUUGAUCACUGCAACCCCAACCAGAGCAAGCACAUCAAAUGGCACUACUGCAUCAGCAUUGGCAACAGUGUCAUCAACAACAGCACCCACAGCAACAAGCAGCAGUAGAGCACCUGCGCUGGUGAAUGCGAGCAGCACAUCAGCGUCCGGAACGUCUGCUACUCCAGCAAACACUCAGAUAAGCAACGCAACUACACUUACGCCUGCAGAUAACGGCUCCACUUUAUCAGUCUCUGAAGUGACGGCUUCUGGCGCAACAUACAGCAAUACAGAUGGGAACACAACUGCAGCAUCAACCGUUUCUGCUGCUUCAGCAACCAGCCAAACAAUCAGUGGUACAUCUUUGACCACGGAUAACAGUACACUUUCACACUCUGUCCCGACUGCACCAAGCAUGCAAAGCAGCAACACAACAUCUCCAUCAGCGCAUUUGAGCACAACUUCAGGAUCCAGAGUCUCUACUACUACAGCACAAAGGACAACCUCAGUAGUGGUGUCCACUAAAGAAACCAGUCAAUCAAGCAGCAGCACUUCAUCAACACCCACAUAUGGACUGAUGACUUCAGUGUCCACGAUCUCUACAGCUACAGUAGGAACAACACUGUCAGACACCAGUUCGACUCAGGGAGCUAGCAGUGUCACAUCUCCACCAGCAGAUGGAAGCACAGCUGAGGUUUCCCCUACAACCACCAGGUCUAACAAAGAUUAUCAAACGCCGACAGUUUAUCUCAAGGCUUUUGUCUCCUCAUAUAAUGAGGAAAACAAAAACUUGAUUUCAGAGGCUUUGUGUAAACUCAUAUCACAGGCUCUCUUCCAGCAGAACUGUACUGACUGCACUGUGGUAAUAAAACACAUUAAACGCCACUAACAAAGCAUCCCCUUUUUGGACAAUGAAAGGGUCAGACAAUGGUCAACAGGUGUCAAAAUGUCUCAAAUGUUAUUGUCCUUGGGUGCUUAGUUUUAUUUUGAUCUGAAUCACGGCUUCGGUUGAUUAGAGUUGGUAUGUAAACAGCAACCACUGUCCAUGUUUUGAUAAUACAUUUUGAUGAAGGUAUGUCUGAAGGUAUGUCCUUGUGUCCCUUAUUAAUUCUCCAUCACUAAGCUCUAUGUGGGGUAAUAAUGUGAAUGUUGCCAUCUGAAAAUCAUCAAUAUCACAUUUGACAAGAAAAGUUAAACUGCAUUUUGCUCUGCACUCACCAAUGACAGUGAUUCCAUUCCACUUAGCUCUUUUGAGCCAAAGCUUACAAUAAAAUGUUGGUGAAUUAAUUUGGAUGAAACAACAUGUCGAUUUUUCAUUCACAAACCACAGCUCCCACUACUACACAAACAAGUGUUCAAGCUUCCCUGUCCCUACCAUCCAAGUGCAAAUAAGUUCUCCACCACUGGCCUCAAAUCACAGUGAUAACUGCCUGGACCGUGAAUUAUACCGGACAGUCACAAAAUACCUUACGGAUAGACAAUGAAAUCUAGAGAUUACUAACUGUAUUCUUCUUCACUGCCUGAAAUUAGUCUUGUACAACCAACCCUACAAAGCCGAACUACAUCCAAUACAUUUUCCGAGAGCAUAAGGGGUAAUUGUUUCAACAGCAAAGCACAUAAUAUAUCAAAUUUAUAAGAGACAUGUGUACAAAAAUACAGUACCUGUAAAUAUGUGAUAAAGUAACAUAAUUAUUCAUACCAGCUUUUAGCCAUAACGUUGCUGUAUUUCAAAGCUUAAACUAAAUAUGUUCACGCCCAAAUUAAAACAUCUGAGCGCAUGUGUCAAGAACAUGACUUGCAGUGUUAUCUAUGUGAUAAGGAGAGACAUUAAUAAUAAUACACAAAGCACAGGCGAGAAUGUGUCAUAUUGGAGUUGAUGACUCAUUUUGCACCAAAAAAUGAGGAUGAAUUGAUUCUCACAUGCAGCUUCAGCAGACCUCGUGCACAGAUUGUGUUACAGCAUUAACAAAUGAAUGAGCAACAAACAACUAUUCAAUGAUUCAGAGCCCUGUCUCUGUGCGGAUAGCAGCAAUUAGACAACAGCUUCAUCACACUUUGCAAAGUAUCUAAUGGCUACACUUCAACGCUUCAAAAAAGUCUAAAAUAAAUGAAUACAUUUAGAAAAACGGAACAAAAAAGUUUGACCCACCUUGUUCGGUAGUUGUUAUUGUUGUUGUUGUUGUUGUUGAGGCCUGUUCCCUUGUGUCUUUCACGGAGGUGAAGUGGUGUUUAUUCAUGUCAUUUUGCGUUAA